CCAACUCCCUUAUGCAAAGUUAAGGAAUAAUUAAAAUUCUAUGGUGUUUUACCUUCGCCUCCUACAACGUGAUCACCCCGAGCACUCUGCAGAGAAGAGGAGAAACACUCAAGAACAGUGAUUUACCUUUCCCAUCUUCCCAGCCUACCUCAAUCCCAAAACCUCUCAGUGUUGCGCUUGCAAGUCCUCACUUCUACACCAACCGUCAUUUCAUAACCCCUCAGUUUUCUCCCGAGUCCCCCAGUCUCUACUUCUCUCCUAUAUAUUCUAAACAUCCACCGCACGACAACUCAUUCUACUCACCACGUCUCCAUCCACACCAUCACAGACCUACGAAUAUCUCAUCUCGAACACCUACCACACUCCAUCACCAUACAAACAAACCAGCCACAAUGUCCCUCUCUAGCGAUGACCACGUCACUCUCCUCCUAAGCUGCAUCAAUCACUCUUCCAGCGGCAAGAUCGACUUUGGCGCAGUCGCGAAAGAAUGCAACAUUAUCUCUGCAGGAGCUGCGUCGAAGCGCUUCUCAAGACUCACGAAAGCACACAAAGAAGCUAUGAGCAAAGGCGGCAGCGCCGACAAUGAUGCCAGUAAGGCGAACGAAAACGACUCUAGCGAAAAGGACCCGGAACAGGCUGGUGCAAGUCUGGCAAAGGGUAAGAGAAAGGGUAGGGCGGCGGCUACUACAAAAGGCAAAGGUGCUGCGCCUGCGAAAAAGAGAGCAAGGGCAGCGAAGAAUAAAGUUGUCGUGAAGGAAGAGCCGCAGGAUGAAAAAGAAGAAGAAGAAGAAGAAGUAGAGGACGCAACCACCAAUGACAAUGAUAACGACAAUGCCAAGGUGAAGGACGAAGAUGAGGACUUUGAUAUCAUGGGCACCAUUUCGGAUCUCAGCGAGGAUCUGGGCGAUGUUGAUACCGACGAGAGUUUUUGCUGAAGGGGAUGGGAGGAAGGACGAGCCCCCUUUGUUUUGCCUUUCCAGAGAAGGUUGGGAUCUGAAUUAUCGAAGGAGGGUAUCUUGCGGUUGCAUCUCCAUGCUUUAGGGGUGGUUUCUAUCCCUCAUACUCUAGGAGACUUUGGUUUUUGUUUCUUUAUUCUUUCGAUUUCCACUUUUAGAUGGCCAACUUCAAGCUUACCUCCGGCUGUCUCCUGCCUGCUGUCUAACAUAAACUCGGGCAACGCCUGCUGAAUGUUUAUCAGACAUA